CUAGCACUCCACGACCAUGGACAUAUAGAUGGGGUGACUGGCAGCGUGAUACCUACAUAUCCACCCAAUUUACUCAUCCAGAACUGGCAUACAACGCAGUCUAUCCAGCUGAAGCCUUCACCCCGAGGCCAUCAGGAGACGGUCAGUACGGAUGAAGUAACCACAUACACCAACGUCCCAAUUCGCCAUGUCAUCCAAAAUGACAUCCUUCUUCCAGACGCCAUCCCUGGUAUAUGGCUCCGCCAUAGCCCUGCGUGUCAUCCUUCUCUUCUACGGAGCCUGGCAGGAUGCCCACUCCGCCGUCAAAUACACCGACAUCGACUACCUCGUCUUCACCGACGCAGCGCGGUACGUCUCGCAGGGCGUCUCGCCCUACGCACGCGACACCUACCGCUACACGCCCCUACUAGCGUGGCUGCUCCUCCCCACCACUUGGUCCGGGCCAUCCUUCCUAUUCGCCUUCGGAAAAGCGCUCUUCGCGCUCUCCGACGUCCUAGCCGGAUGGCUCAUCGCCAGAUCCCUCGUCUCCGCCUACGGCAUGGACGCUCCUCGCGCCCUCAAGUACGCCAGCGUCUGGCUUCUCAACCCCAUGGUCGCGAAUAUCAGCACCCGCGGAUCCUCUGAGGGUCUUCUCGGCGUGCUAGUGAUUGCGCUGCUAUGGGCGGUUCUGCGCCGAAGAGUCAUUCUCGCGGGUAUCAUUCUCGGCAUCAGCGUGCAUUUCAAGAUCUACCCCUUCAUCUAUGGAGUUUCGAUCAUCUGGUGGCUGGAUCGCGAACAUGAUGGCUCCUCCACCAAGACCACUCCAAAGCCAACAACCAGCACUAUCCUCUCCUUCAUCACUCCCCCCCGCAUCAUCCUAACCCUCACCUCUCUCACCACCUUCCUCCUCCUCAACCUCCUCAUGUACUCUCUCUACGAUACCCCCUUCCUCCAACACACCUACCUCCACCACCUCACCCGCAUCGACCAUCGCCACAACUUCUCCCCCUACAGCACCCUCCUCUACCUCUCCGCCGCCGGCGAAGUACAAGGGAACUUUGAAUCCCUCGCUUUCAUCCCGCAACUGCUCCUCUCCGUGAUCGUGAUCCCACUCAUCCUAGCAAAGAAGAGUCUCCCUGGCGCUAUGCUUGCACAGACAUUCGCGUUCGUGACCUUCAAUAAAGUUUGUACUAGUCAGUAUUUCCUCUGGUAUCUUAUCUUUCUCCCCUUUUAUCUUCCCACUUCGUCGAUGCGUCGGAAUCCCAGAUUCGGAGGGAUAGUGGCUGCGUUGUGGGUUGUUGGUCAGGCCCUCUGGCUCCAACAAGGCUACAAUCUCGAAUUCCUAGGCCUAAGCAGUUUUGUGCCGGGGUUGUUCCUCGCCUCGAUAGGGUUCUUCGCGGUGAAUGUGUGGAUUUUGGGGGUUAUUGUUGAGGACGUUUCUUCUUCUUAGGAUUUCUGAAUGUGUUGGGGGAUAGAAUAGAUGAUGUAGUUGGUUGUAUUUAUAUCAAGGAUGUUUUUGUGGUUGGGUG